UACGGACAGUCUGUCUACAAACAAAAUGUCGGCGGCUGGGGGCGAAAACAACAGGGGAACCCUAAUGAAUGUUAUUUCUAUUCAUUUACUCUGCUGAUUCGUUGCAGGAGCAAUCGAGAAACAAUGGUGCUAUUUUCGCUGACGUUUGUUAGACAUGGAGAAACAUUAUAUAACAGAAGGAACAUAAUUCAAGGACAAAGUGACAUACCAUUGUCUUCUCUGGGAGAGAAACAGGCACAGCUGGUUGCAGAGCGGCUUCAGAAUGAAAGAUUUACACACAUAUUCUCGAGUGAUCUCUCCAGAGCACAUGAGACAGCCAAAGCAAUCUCUGAUUGUAACAGAGUUUGUAGAUGUGACAUAACGCUAGAUAGAAGGCUUCGUGAAAGGAGGUUUGGAUCAGCUGAGGGCAAGACCUCUAAGGAGUUACUUUUGUCUGCUAAGAAAGCAAAGAGACGUUACACUGACUACACUCCUCCUGGAGCAGAAUCUGUUGCACAGGUGCAAGAGAGAGCACAGUUGUUUUUCAAAGAUCUAUGUAAGAUUUGCAUGAGUUUGUCGGAAUGCAAUGACUUGAUGUAUACACCGGCAAAAAUAAAGCGUCGUCAUGGAGGCAGUCUAGGGAGAAACAGUCGGCAUAGCAAACGUCUACAAAUAAAUGGCCGAAGUCAGUCAUUUUGUGGCUCUGGAAAUGUUCAAAAUUUCAUAAAUGAGAUAAAUUGGACAUCUGACUUUGAUGAUGAUGAUGAAAAUGAGAAUAAUUUCAACGAGAAUUUUUGCAAACACAGUGAUUUCGCAUCUAUGCAAGCUAGUGAAAGCUCAGAGUUUACAGCAAAAGUUAUUGAAGAUUAUCAAUAUCGUGAAUGUUUCCCAAGUAGUUCGGAAGACUCUAAUUUAAGUGGCAGUGAUCUCAAAUCAAAUGGCAGUUCCAAAUCAGAUGGUUUAAGUAAUUCAGAGACAGAUGACUCGUCAUUAUCAUCGUCAUCUUCGUUCAAUCAAACUGGUACAGAAUCUGACAGUACAUUACCUGAAAAUAUUACACAUACUGUGCAAAGUAUCGAUUGUGAAAUCCAGACUGAACCGCUUUAUCACCGGCGUACAUUUCAAUCACCAAGUCCAAAGAAACGUGUUGCAAAGGACUUGAUAAGUAGUACAGACUCUUGUCUCUGUCCGAACAUUUCGCUGUCGCCCUCUACACACCGUCUCUCAAGUAUAUCUAGCAUUAGCUCAGGAAGAAAUAGCAGUUUCGACGACAUUGAUGCACUGCCAACAACAUUAGCAGAUAUACUAGUAGUUAGUCAUGGUGGUUUUAUCAAAGAGACGAUGAAAUAUUUCGUUGAUACUUUGGGUUGCAGUGUACCUGGCGUGAAGGGACAUGCACUUAAAGUUUGUCCAAAUUGUAGCAUAUCUAAGUUUACAAUCACUUUGGAUGAAGAUACUUUCAAACCAUCAUUGACUUGUGUAACAAUUCAUGAUAAAGAUCAUCUUGCAGGCUUAGAGGUACCUGAUGCAAAGGGAAUAUACUGAGAUAGGAACGGAUGCAAAGGGAGGUUACUGAGAUGUAUACUAAUUUUCAUUUUGUGCCAGAUUCAGUAUGUAAAUUGUGAUUGUUAAUAAUAAGGCAAACUUUUGUUUAUUCAUCUUUGUGCUAGUUCACAUUGUAAUUUUAAGAAUUUGUUGGGUUAUCAUGUUUUGUCUAUGUGAUUUUUCAAGCUUCAAGAAUCUCUUGGUUUUUAAUUGUUUGUUUCCCCUAAUUUCUGCACACAAGAUAAGUUCCCACAUGUUCUUACCAUAACAAAAAACAUAUAAGCAUAAUUUUAGAUGCCUGGAAGAUGGGUACGAUUUGUAUAUCAUAAAGAGGACAUAUUCUUUUCAGUUUUAACCAUGUAUCUAGAGAUUUACUUAGUAAGUAUGAAAUGUGUCUACUAUAUAAUGUAUUCUGUUUUUAUGAAUUUUCUGUGAUACAGAAAUGAUGUAAUUAUUUAUUUAAUUAUUCUAAAAAUAUUUCUGUAAUGUCAAGAGAAGAAAAAGCACAGUUAUGCUUAAUACUUUGGUUAUAGAUGUAUAUAUGUGCUUAAAAUGGUAAUUUCACAAUAUCGGCAAUUUUGUUAUUUUUAGCUCACCUGAGCAAUGCUCAGGUGUGUUUUUGUGAUUGCUCGAUGUCUGGCGUCUGUCAACAUUUAGCUUGUGUAUGCGAUAGAGGCUGUAUUUUUCAACUGAUCUUCAUGAAAUUUGGUCAGAAUGAUAACCUUGAUAAAAUCUAGGCCGAGUUCGAAAAUUGGUCUUCUGGGGUCAAAAACUAGGUCACUAGGUCAAAUCAAAGAAAAACCUUGUGUAUGCGAUAGAGGCUGUAUUUUUUGAUUGAUCUUCAUGAAUUUUGGUCAGAAUGAUUACCUUGAUAAAAUCUAGGCAAAGUUUGAAAAUGGGUCAUCUGGGUCAGUAGGUCAAAUCAAAGAAAAAACUUGUGUAUGCGAUAGAGGCUGUAUUUUUCAAUCGAUCUUCAUGAAUUUUGGUCAGAAUGAUUACCUUGAUAAAAUCUAGGCCAAGUUCGAAAAAGGGGUCAUCUGGCGUCAAAAACUAGGUCACUAGGUCAAAUCAAAGAAAAACAUUGUGUAUGCGAUAAAGGCUGUAUUUUUUAAUUGAUCUUCAUGAAAUUUGGUCGGAAUGAUUGCCUUGAUUAAAUCUAGGUCAAGUUUGAAAAUGAGUCAUCUGAGAUCAAAAACUAGGUCACUAGGUCAAAUCAAAGAAAAAACUUCUGUAUGCGAUAGAGGCUGUAUUUUUCAAUCGAUCUUCAUGAAAUUUGGUCAGAAUGAUUGCCUUGAUGAAAUCUAGGUUGAGUUUGAAUAUGGGUCAUCUGAGGUCAAAAAGUAGUUCACUAGGUCAAAUCAAAGAAAAACCUUGUGUAUGCGAUAGAGGCAGUAUUUUUCAAUCGAUCUUCAUGAAAUUUUGUCAAUGAUUGCCUAAAAUCUAGGUCAAGUUCGAAUAUGGGUCAUCUGGGGUCAAAAAUUGGGUCACUAGGUCAUAUCUAAGAAAAUACUUGUUUAUACUCAAGAGACCACAUUUUUAGUCCAAUGGUAAUGAAAAUGGCCAAAAUAUUUGUUUCCAUGAAGUCACUAGGUUAAACAUGUUUACACUGUUAUAGUGUGUUUCUCAGGUGAGCGACCUAGGGCCAUCUUGGCCCUCUUGUUUGCGUUAAUGUUUUGCGUUAAUAUGUUUGAAUCAAAGUCUAUUGUAAAAUUCUUAAUAGUUUCCUUUUUAACAUGAUUCAUUGAAAAUAUAAACAUGAAAUCAUGUGGCCACAUAUUAAGGAAGUCAAAUGUUAAUUGUUAUGAAAGAAGUACCGAGUUUUUCCAUGCAUUGCAGACUUACAUGGAUUUCAUUAAAUGAAGUUAUUAUCUGAAUUGGAAACAAAGAACUUUUUGUUUUGCUGUCACAUGAUUGUUUUUAGUGAUGGUAACAGAAAGUUGCUUGUUCUUGAAAUGUUUUUACUGUGUAUGGUUUGAAUUUAUGGAAGAAAAUUAUAAGACAGUAUAUUUAUAUGUUUGAAUUAAAUAGUUAAAACACCUGAA